AGGAAAAAAUAAAAAAGAAGGCAAAAAAGGGCCAGCUUCCAUCUGCGCCCCUUUGCUCUUCCAGCUUCCGAUAUUCCCCUCGAGUCGGUCGCUUCAGGCUUGCAAUAGCCAGACGGCCACAUUGGCGCCCUCCGUCGCGUCUUCAGCCUCAUUUUUGGCUUCUCUUCUCUUCGUUUAUCCAUCGCGCGCAGCAAGGUCUGCAGCCCUUGGACCUUUUCCGCCCUCUCGACUCCUUGUCCCUUUUAUCCCCUCCCGUCACUACGCAAAAUCAAGAAAGAUGCCUCCCAAGAAGGCCGUUGUCGAGGAGAAGAUUCCUCUGGGAAGGCCUGGCAACAACUUGAAGAGUGGCAUUGUCGGCCUCGCCAACGUCGGCAAAUCUACCCUCUUCCAGGCCAUCACAAAGUGCAACCUUGGCAACCCUGCUAACUUUCCCUAUGCCACCAUUGAUCCCGAAGAAGCUCGUGUCAUUGUGCCCGAUGAGCGAUUCGACUGGCUGGUUGAGAAAUACAAGCCCAAGUCUGUCGUUCCCGCCAACUUGACCGUCUAUGAUAUUGCCGGUCUCACUCGCGGAUCUUCUACCGGAGCUGGUCUUGGAAACGCUUUCCUUUCCCACAUUCGUGCCGUCGAUGCCAUCUUCCAGGUGGUCCGAUGCUUCGACGAUGCUGAGAUUAUCCACGUCGAGGGUGAUGUCAACCCUACCCGUGAUCUGGACAUCAUCAGCGAGGAGCUGAGACUCAAGGAUAUUGAGUUUGUCGAGAAGGCUCUCGAGAACCAGAAGAAGAAGACUCGCAUGGGUGGCCAGAGUCUUGAGCUGAAGAAGGCUAAGAUUGAACAGGAGAUUAUUGAGAAGAUCCUGGCCUGGCUUCAGGACGGCAAGGAAGUCCGCAAGGGCAACUGGGCCCCCAAGGAGAUUGAGGUCAUCAACCCUCUGUUCCUGUUGACGGCCAAGCCCGUUGUCUACCUUGUCAACUUGUCUGAAAAGGACUAUGUUAGAAAGAAGAACAAGUACCUGCCCAAGGUCGCCGAGUGGAUCAAGGAGCACGCCGAGGGCGACCCCAUCAUCCCCAUCUCCGUCUCAUAUGAGGAGCGUCUGACCCGCUUCGAGACUGAGGAGGAGGCCAAGGAAGAGCAGAAGAAGGUUGGUGCCGAGUCUGCUCUGCCCAAGCUGAUUGUCCAGAUGCGCAAGGCGCUGCAGCUGGGCAGCUUUUUCACAACGGGAGCCGACGAGGUCCGUCAAUGGACUAUCCGCACAGGCACCAAGGCUCCCCAGGCUGCCGGUGUCAUUCACACCGACUUUGAGAAGACCUUUAUCCAGGCUAUUGUCUACAACUUCAGCGCCAUCAAGGAGCUUGGUGACGAAGCCGAGGUCAGGGCCAAGGGCAAGAUCAUGACCAAGGGCAAGGAUUACGUAGUUGAGGAUGGUGACAUUAUGCUCAUCAAGGCUGGUGCUGCCAAGGGUUAAAAUAGCGUCUCUACAGAGGAGUGUGUGUAGUAGGUUCUUUUUGUCCCUCGGUUAGGAAAAAUGAAAAAGUAAAAUACCACCCAAAAUUGGAAUCUCG